AUGAUCAAAAGGUUGCUAUUACUCGUAAUAGCAUACAUAUAGCUUUAUAUCCUAAAGGCUGGUAUCAUCAAUCCAGAUAAAGCAGACUCUGUAGUAUUAGAAAGAACUAAUGAGGGAGCUAUUUCUUCAUACACAUUUUACAUGAAUUUGCAAAAUAGAUUACCUCCAUAGAAAGGAGUGAUUAAGAUUACAUUUCCUUCUUCAACCUUUACAGACCCUCUUGAAAAUACUUCAUUACAGCUCUCAGAUGCAGACUUUCCAUUUGUUACAACAAGCAACAAUUAGGUCACAAUCAUCUAAAAUGAUGUGUUUCUAACUCAAGAUGGAACUCUUACUAAAAAUUAUUUUACUGCAUCAUGGAAUAUGAUUGAAAGGUCUUUGAAAAUCACAGGAAUUUCUGAUAGUAUUAACGCAGGAUCUGUAUAGAUUACAAUAAAAUUUUUGAGGAAUCCUUCUAUUUCUGCUAACUAAGUAUCUGGAAACUUCAAAAUAGAAACAUUCAUCGAAACAACUCCGAUUGAUUAAAACUUAAGUUUUGGUAAAGUAACAUUUACCUCAAGAUAUAUCAAAAGUAAUCAAAUAUAAAUAUCUAACGAUGGUUCUAAUCUUGGAGGAUACAUAACCAACUAUAAAUUUACCAUAAGUACAGUUGUCGCUUUGCCUUCUUAGUCUUGGAUAAGAGUAAGGUUCCCUAAAUACCAUAGUUUUGAAAAUACUAUAUGCUAGAUAGUAGAGACUCAAGAAUUCUUAAACUGCUCAAAUAAUGGAGAUAAUGUUUUGAUAUUUUCUCCUAUUUCAUAAAGCCUUCCCCCAAGUUCUUAUAAUAUUUAAAUUAGAAAUAUAAGAAAUCCUACUUCAAGUGACUUUUAUUCUGACUUUAUAGUUGAAUUAUUAUUUCCAGGUACAUUUAAUGUGCUACAACUAUUUUAUAACUAAAUGUCUGGCAUAAAUAUUUAGCCUGGUUAAAUUCAAUCUACUUCUGUCUCUGGUAAUCCUUUAAAUAUGAAUUUAAGAAUAGACUAUACCAUAACAUUUACUCCUACAAAUACAAUUUAAAAUCCUGGUACAAUAGUUAUUACCUUCCCCACAUUACCUCCUACUAAAGAUGACUCACAAGUUAGAACCUUUGCUUUGGAUUCUUUUUGUAGAGUUAUUAGCGGACUUACUCCUACACCUGGAAACGAAAAUGUUUCCUGUGUAAGUUAGGGCUCAUAGCUGAUUAUUACAAACUUUCAGACAUUUUUUUCUCAACAAAUUUAAGUAAAAAUAUUUGCUGUCAAUCCAGGAAGACCAGCAAUAUACGGCCCUUUUGUGAUUGAAACUUUUACAACUCAAAAUGGUAAGAAAUAUAAAAUAGAUUAAAAUACUAAUGCUGGAAGCUUGGCAAUAUCUGAAGUCAAUAGUCUUAACUACGUUCAAAUUGAUUUUUUUAAGAAAAUGGUAAAUGGUACUUUUAGUUAGACUAUUCCUUUAGAUUUCAGGUUAUAUCCUUCUCCUGGAAACGAAUUACCAUUAACUACAGCCUCAUAGACUGGUCAAAUUUCUCUUUAAAUCCCACUUUUAUGGAGAAAUAAAGCAGCUAAUUUUAAUUAAAACUUUUAAUAAGGCUAAAAUUCAGCUGCUAAAUUUGGUAGUGAUCCUUCCCAGACUGUUCCAGUUAAUUAUAAUUUAAAUGUUUACAAAAUAUAUACUCCAAAAUCCUCAAAUUAUGCUAAAUUUCCUAAAGACAAUCAAUAUGGGCUAGGGCAAUGUGAUCUUCCUAUAUCAAUAGACAGUGUUAUACUUCCUCCUUUUGGAGGUAAAUACUUAUUUAGAGUACUUACAUUUAAAAAUGGUUAGCAUUAUGUUGAUCAACCUCUUGAAUAAGAUCUAUACGUUAUGGAUAUUGAAAUACCUCCUUUUACAUCUGCAAAUGUAUAAACAACAGGAUCUGAAAGUGGAGAUACUGAAAAUGUAAUUAUUGCUCAACUAACUACAGGUUUAAGUAUUCCUUAUGAAGGAGCCAUUAAUUUCAACAUGACUACGAAGACUAUUUACUCCGAAAACACUUCAAAGUGGGAUUUUAAGCUUGGAUAAAGUAUAGGUGUUGGUGUAGAAAGUAAAAAUGUACCAUGCUCCGUUUAUAUAGGUGGUAAUUUAUGUGGAUUCCCUGACUCUGAUCAUCCUGAUGUUCAUUGUUAUGUAUUUUAAGGUUCAGCAAUUUAAAAUGUUGUCCUUUAAGUUAGAGGCUUUUCAAGAGUAAUUAGCUCUGGCACAACUAUUGAAAUUUAUGUACCAAAUAUUAGGUUAUGUGAAGAUGUAACAAAAGUUUGCUAUGUUUAAAUAAACUCUUCAUAUACUGUUGAUAUUUUAGAUCCUUAUAUCCUUAACACUAUUUAUGUAAAAGUUGUUAACUCUGUUAAUGACCCUUCAGUAGUUUCUAAGACCCCAGUAAUUUAAGCAAAACCUGAUUUUGGAAAUUCUCUUCCAUAAUUUUAAGAAAUUUGCGUUUCUACUCUUUGGAAUUUAGGGUCUUCUUUUUAUGACACUCCUUUUUCAGCAGGAGACUCUAUAAUUAUCAUUUUCCCUAGUUAUAGAUACACCUACAGAAGAUUUGCAGUACAAUCCAUUACAUUUAAUUUUGGACCAGCUAGUGGAAGAAUUUAAUAUAUAGAUUACUAUCUAACAAAGGAGACUUACUAUUUAAUAACAUUAAAUAGUAAUGUACCCCUUGGUAAUAACUUAAUUUUGAAUAAUAUUAAAAAUGCUAAUGAUAUAAUCGAUUUUGGUGAUGGAAACAAAGUAUAAGGUGUUAUUUUAAAAGGUUAUUAUUGGUAGUCUAAAUAAAAAGCUAGAUUUUUAUAAUGGAAUAGAUCUGAUUAAUAUGUAGACGGAGGAAUCCUCAAUGCUUUGGUAGAAAUUUUGCCAAAUGAAGUACCUGGAAUACCAGUUAGAGCUUAAAGUAUAGAUAUGGAAUGGGAAUCAGAAGUGGUUUAUAAGCUGAGCUUUGUAAAUUGUAGAAUUAUUCCAGCAGGUGGUUAAAUAAUGAUUAAACUACCAAACAAUAGUCCAGGUUAUAAAAGUAUUUCAGAUACAUGCACAAUCUAUUAAGGAUUAACAGGAAUUUCAUAACUUACUCUUGAUAGCAGUAUUGUUUGUGCUAAAAAAUUAAUAGGUACUGACUUUUACCUAUAAAUAUCUCAAUUUAUGCAAGUACCAUAAGAAACAAUGAUAACUGUAAUAUAUAGAUCAACAUCUCCAGUUUUUUAAGGUCCUUCUUGGAAUCCUGGAAAUUAUUAUAUAACAUCUAAUUAGAAUGAUGCUCCAACUUAUACAAUGAUUAAUUUCUCAAGAGUUCUAAUACCUGGUUUGGUUGUUAAUGGGCCUAAUAUAUUCCCUACUUUGGCUAUGUGGUCUAGUUUUUACAUUGAAGAUAGACUUGCAAGAGAGGGAGAUAGGGGAUACUUCAAAAUGUAAUUUGAAUCUCCAUUGGCUUUUGCUAAGGGAAGCACAAUGACUAUUAACUUUGGUGGUGGUGUUUCUUAGCCUAUUUCAAUUGAGAAGGUCUAUGACGUAGACGAUUUAGUUAUGCAAGGUUACCUCUAUUGUACUAUUGAUGGGGAUAUUUGUGAAGAUUGUAUCAUCACUGGAAAUGUUGUCACUCUAUUACUUCCAAAAUCUUUGAAAUUAGAUGGCAUUAUUGCUAACAAAUAAUAUUUACUUUAAAUUGGAUAUAGAGGUAACGAUGACAGCUCUACAACAAGAGAUGGAUUUUUAAUCAAUUAGGCUGGAACUUAUAUCCUUUCCGUUGACAUAUCUGAUGGUUCAAAAUAGGUUAGUGCUUAAAAAGCAUACAGAAAUUUGCCUCCAUCUUUCCGUAAUUUUUGGGUUUAUAGUGUAAACAAGAUGAAUACUGACAUUACAGAUGUAAGAUGCUUUAAUGGUGGUACUAACAUAUGCGGAAUGAGCGUUUUUAUCUUCUACUUUAACCACUUUGGUAUUCCAAAAUCAUACAUUGCUGGUAGCCAAAGCACAAAAAUAAUUUUGGAAUUCUCUACUCAGAUUGAUACUAUUUUUUAGAAUGGUUUUGAUUCUGCUCUAGGAAAGGGAUUACCUCAAAGAACCGAAGUUCCUUGUGAAGGCAAAAAGAUAAGUAUUUUAUCUGGUUUUGAUAAGUUAAGCUGCUAGUUGUAUUUAGGAACAAAACCAAACCCAGCUUAAAUAAUAAUAACAAAUUUUGAUGAAAUAAUAAGCAAUUUAGACCCAAAAUUUACUGAUGACUAUGAAAUUCAUAUCCCAAACGUCUUUAAUCCUUCAGCUGUUAAAGAAGUUCUUUAAGUCAAUAUGAGAAUUGAAACCACAUUUUUUUCUAAUGGUAUAACUAGACCCAUUUAUGAAAACAGCUAUAUUUUAGUUAACAUGACAAACUAAAUUCUUUCAGUACCAUUUCACUAAAAGCCUGUUUUUGUUGACCUUACUUCAUCAUGCACUCCUACCUUCUCACAAACUAUAAUUGACACACCAAGUAAGCUCUAUGUUUGUUUCUAAACAGGGCCUCAUAAACUUUAACCAGGAGACCACAUUUUGUAUUAAUUCCCUUAAACUUGGAUUAUGCCAAGGAUAGAUCUCUGCUCAUUAUUUAGCUUUCCUUCUGCUGUAAAAUGCGAUAGUUAUGACUCAGCUAAAUAAAUUCUAAUACACAUCAAUGGACCAGUAAAUCCAGGCACUAUGAUAUCAGGAUAUAUUAAUAUGAAUACUCCUCCUUAUGCUGCAUUAAAUCCAACACCUUAACAAAUUUAAGGAUAUACCUAUUGGAGAUCACGUAUAAUUUCUUGGUUUCAACUUGGCAAUUUUGUUUAAACAUUAACUCCUCUAACUAUUCCAAAUCCACAAAUGUUGGUAACUGCUUCAUCAACAGUUUAAGGUGAAAUAUCUGAGUAUACGAUACGUUACGAUGUUUUGAGAGAUAUUCCAAAUGGAGGAUGUAUAUAAAUCAUCAUACCAUCAGAUUUCUAAGGUUUAAAUAAAGAAACCAUUUGUAGAAAUGCUAUUUUAUAAUCAUCCGAUUUUGAUCCUUAUGGUUAUUAAUUUAAAUGUGAUUAUAUUGCAGGUUCACCCAAUUAUCUUUUAGUUCAUUCUUUUGGACCUUUUAAACUUGAUUUCACUGACCCCAUAAAUGGAUUCUAGAAAAGAAAUGGAACAACAUUAGUAGUUAACUUUAGAGUUCAAAACCCUAUGGUUGCAAAGCCAAGUUAGUGGGAAAUUAAGCAAUGGUACUUAAAAGAAGUUCCUUUGAACUAUCUUGUAGCUACAGGAAAAACUGACUCUCCAUCUUUAUAGCCACCUGUUAAAAUUUAGUUGUGGGAAAAGUUAUUGUAAACUAGAAAUAAAUUAUAUACUGAAGACAUAGGUCCUUUGGAAUUUUUAAUAACAACUCCCUCAAGCCUUCCUGCUGGCUCUUUUAUUACUGUUUAAAUGCCACCUAGUUUUAAAAAAUAAACAGAUUCACAACUCUAUUGUUAUUUCGACCUUUCAGUUUACUACAAUAAUUAACUUCCAUCUAAAACAUGCAAAAUUGACACAAAUAAUUUAGUAACUAUCUAGACUCCAGAUUAAUUGUAUUUAGAUCCAUACUUGGCUGCAGCAGGAGGAUCUAUUCCAGCAAACACAAAAUUGAUGAUAGUUAUAACCACUUUAGAUAAUUAUUAUGGACAAAAUGGUAUUAUAAUGCCAACUUAGUCUGGGUUUUAUGAUUUUUAGAUAACAUUCCCAGGCUCAACUUAAGCAACUGCAACUAGAACAAUAUAUAUACCACAUAAAAAUUAUUUUACAAUAUUUGAACCUACAACUUUGAUAAACAAUCCUAAUGAAAAAACUGUGAUUGAGUUGAUCGUUUAACCAAAAGUUUCUGCUAGUACACUCAUUUUAUAUGUGCCUGUUGUAGAUUAAGAAGGAAAUGACUUAUUUGAUGAAGAUUUGGGACUAGAAAAAAUAAAAGGUCCUGGAAUUAAUAAUAUCAAUUGCUAGUAUCAUAUUUAUCCUAGUGGUCCUUCAACUAGCUUAAAUUGCUAAUUAAUUAGAGGUGUAAAAGCCACAAAAAUGCAUGCUUAGAUACAGAUAUCAGGUAUUUCUUUUAAUUCAGGGACAACAUACUCAAUUUAAAUUGAUGAAAUUACUAAUCCUAACAUUCUAACUGAUGACAGACAUGUUUACAUGAUUUUAGAAGGGUAUUAAUCAACAAAUUUGGUGACUUCAUAAAUUAAUUAUGAUUUUUCUUUCAAAUAUAUAUCUACCCCAGAAGUUAUUUCAUUCAACCCUGAUCCCACUGCAGUUCCUGGUUCUCAAAAAUAUCCAAAAGUUAUCAUGGGAGGUACAGGAGCAGGGCCUAAUGAGUCAAAUAUUAUUUAUGAAGUAACCUGGGAUACUAAAGAUUUAAUGAAAGGAGGAAACGAAUAUUAUGAUUACUUUAUCAUUGAAUUCCCUUAAUAUGCUUUCAACAAAUAGCCAAUAACUGUAAGUUGUACAUUAUCAUUUUGCAAGUUACUCAGAGGUUGGAACUGGGUUAUUUGGAAAUUUAACUCAAUUACUUCAAAAGGCUCUACUAUUACUAUGAAAAUAUAAGGACUCGAAAAUGUUAAAAUCUCAAGCAAAACUGUGCAUUUAAUUGGAUAUACUGUAAAAAAUAGAGUUUUAAUAAAUAAGCAAUAUUUUUAGCCUUUAGACCCUGUUACUCCUAUUACUCCUUCUGUAGGAGAUUUUACUAUUGAUGUUCCAGAUUAUCCUAAUAAAAAUAAGGUACCUAAAAACAAAAUGAUGAGAUACUUAUUUAAAAUAAAAUUACCAAUAUAACUGGAAAAAGAUAAAGGAUUGAUAGACAUAAAGAUACCCUCAGGUUUUACACCAGAGCCUUACUGCUAGGAUCAUUUAGCAUAUCCUUUUGUUUAUUCAUAUGAUUACAUAAGUUGCUCUUUAACUCCAUCAAUUAAUGGAUAUACUAUCAGUGGUUAUGAUAAUAUUCCUACAGGAACUAUUAUUUAAGUUGAAGCUUGGAUAACAAAUCCUAAUUCAUAAGUUACAACUCCCACAUUUAAUGUUGAUAUUUAUCAAGAUUCAUAAAGACAAUUAAUACUAACAUCAUUCAAUGCAAAUGGACCUUAGAUUUGGGAUUACACUCCUUUCAGUACAGCCAAAUAUUUAUCAGAGUAUAACACAUUCAUCAGUAAAGGAUCUUUUGGAGAUUUUAGAUUCAUUAUUUCUGGAGUUACAUUGACUGAAAAUGAUUACCUUACGUUAGUCUUCCCUAACAAUGAUGUUUCUGCUUUAGGAUAAACUAACCUAUAAUGUGGAUUUAAUAAUUUUGAAGCCUCAAUGUGUAUAGUUUAGUAAUAGUCCCCACUUACAAUUUAAAUAUUUGGGCCUGUAGAAAAUCCUUUAGCUGCAUCAACUAGCUAUACCAUUUUUGUAACUGUUUAAAAUGGAGCUUAAAUGGGGUUGUAAUAUACAAAAAGUGGAUUAACAUUCUUUAAAGUAUCUGCAAGCUCCUCUCCUAAUCCAAGUGACUUUACCACAACCUUCUUUACAAUUUAUCCAUAAGAGAAUUUCCCUAAUUUAGCACAACUGCAAAUAACUUAUGAGAAUGCAAAUAAAUUGGCAGAUUUAAUUAUUAACUUCUCCACUUCAGUGAAUGUUCCAGCUAACGGAAGGAUUGUCGUUUCUUUCCCAAUUUAUUCUGAAGAUCGUUCAAUACAAAUUUUUGAUAUGUACUUAGGUAAGACAGGGUUAACUCCUGGCUCUAUAAUUGAUUGCACAUUUAUUUAAUCAGUCUCUUCGUUGAAUGGAUGCACAAUUGAUUCAGAUUUUAAUAAGGUUUCAGUAUCAUUUAAAUUAACUAAUUCCCUUAAUGGAUAGGCUACUUUACUAAUAAAUGAUAUUCUUCUACCUUCAAGCAGCGGAGGGACAGGAUAAAUUCCUAUAGAACUCUAUACUUAAGAUAGUAUGGGAAAUAUUCUUGAAGCUUAGGUAUUUGAUGAAUUUUUAACACCAUUUUUAGUUUCUAAUGAUCCUACUCCUUAAACAGCAUCAAUAACUGUUAACUAAGAUUAAUACACUAUUUAAAAUAUAAAUAUUGGUAUUUCAGUAAACUCUUAUAGUCCUCUAAAUGACAGAAUAGUAGUAAAAUUCCCAAUUGGCUAUGAUUUGAGUAUGAUAUUAUUAAAAGUAGGGACAAAAAAUUAUGCUGCUUCUGAAUUUAUUGCAAUAGGAAAUGUUUUAAUAAUUAGAUUAGACUCUAGCUGGAACACUGACAUAAUAAAUAAUAUUGUAUUAUCGAAUGUCAAAAACCCUAAAAUUUAACCAGCAAGCCAAAUAAUCUAUACCUAUGUUGUUAUAGGAUAUGUUUAUACAAGUGUUUAUACCUCCACAAUUCCUUCAGUUUCAAUAAAAAAAUUCACAUCACCAUCAUUGAGUCUUCCAACUCACAGUUCAAACUAGCAUCCCAUCGGAAUAUAAAUUAUAGCUACUCCUACUGAAACAAUUUAUGGACCUAACACAGUUUAUUUUGUUUCUCUAAAGAACUCAUUAUCUGUUAGCUCUAUUAGAAAUGGCUUAAGCUUGCCCUGUGAAAGUAGUAGUGAGCCAGUAUAUUGUUAAAUAAACUCAAGUGCAUCUUAUGGAUAUAUUGAUUCAAAUCCUGUAAUCUACAUUUAUUAAGCUCCUGAUUCUACUCCUUCUAGUCCUUUAAGCAUAACUAUCUAUAAUAUUUAAGAAUAUAUCGGUAAAUCUUAAAUAACAGUUGAUUUUGGUGCUAUAGAUAUUAACACUAAUUAAGUAACAUAUCUCAAUAAUUUAAGUCCAAUCAAUAUUGGUACUUCUGCAAAGACAGUCAAAAAUGAUGUAGUUGUUUUAUCUACCACAGGAUCAAUUUAAGAUUAAACAACUAUUACAUUAACAUAAACUAAUCCUUUAUUCAUAGCUGGAACUAAAAUAGUUUUUAUGAGUGAUACUUUACCUAUGAAUUCUUUAUCUUAUACCCCAACUGCAUCAAUUAAAGGAUCAUCUUCAUCUUGUAAUAUUAAUAGUAAUGACUUUGUAGUUACUUGCACAUUAGCUUCAGAUAUAAGUAUACCUUUUGACUUAGAACUCAAAAACUAUCCUGUUCCAACAACUAGCAUAUUGUAAACCUAAAGAGCUUUCAAUUUGAUAGGCUAUGAAGGUGCAACUACAAAAAAUGUAUUCUAAUUUACCAACAUUUAAUUUUCUAAUUUUGCAGCUUCAUCAACUCUCUAAAGUGUUUCUUCUGUUCAAAUAUCAGAUCAAUAGAUAGAUAUCUAAUUUAAAACAUAAUAUAUUGUUCCUGCUUUAGGUUAAGUUGAAUUAGAGCUUGCUUCUACACCUGUAAAAACAGGAUUUUAUUAUUCUAUUCCACCUUCGACUCUUUCUCUUUUUAUCAAUCAGCCUACAAUAUCCUUAGCUGGCUCUAAAGUAAUUAUUAAAGAUUUUUAUUAAAUGAAGGCAGGAACAUAUAAAUUUAGUAUUUAUUUUGAAGAAUAACCAUUACCAUAAGUAAAUAAAAUUAAUACUAAGUGUAAUUAACAAUUGAUAGAGAGCUAAACUGUAAUUCAGUCUACUAGCAGCUAUUCUCCAAUUGGGGAUACAAUUGUUAUUAAUAAGUUGUUUAAAGCAGACAGUGAAGUUAUAGUAUUUGAUUUUACCACAACAAAUGUUGUAUAAUCUCCAGGCUUUAUUGCCAUCAAAUUCGACAUUAAUAUUUAAUCUCUUAUAUUUAACACUAUGGUAGUAAACUACAUAAAUUUCUUAAAUUUACCUUAAUUUACAGUAAAUGCUGACACUCUUUACAUCAAAAAUUUUAACACUAUUUCAGCUGGAUUAAUUUAAUUAAGGAUUUAUUUCAAAGGAGGAAGUACCCCAAGCAAAAUAAUUUCAAUAAUCAGUUUCGAUAAAACUUUUAAUAUAGUUGACAAAAUAACAUCCCUGUAAACAAUUUAAUCUAACACUUUCUUCAAUUAAAAUACUGUAUCUCCUUUAAGAUCUUUAAAUUAUAUUGAUUACCAUACAAUUGGUGGAGCCUAUUAGGCAAUAAAAUUUCGUAUAAAAUUGCAAUCAUCGUUUAAUCCUGCAGCAGAGCAAUUAUUUAUUACUUUCCCAUAAUAAAUGCAAACAAAUCUAAUAGCUUUGAUGAGCAGCUAAAUUAGAUUUAAGUGCAACAUUAAAAAGGCUUUCUAGAAAAAUUAAAACUAUCGUGCAAGAAGAUGCUAUUUACAGAAAUAUUCUGAUAUAUUUUUAAUAAUUUAAGACUUUAACUUUAACACAAAUGAUGUUUUUGAUAUUUCUAUAAUAAAAAUUGGAGAUACUAAAUAUUAAUGGCAGUUACCAUCAACAGCGAUGAUUUACUACUUUUUAAUUGAUAAAACAGAACUAAAAUCUAUAAGUUAAUCAACAAUCCCAACUAUUUAUUCUACUGAUUCAAUUUAAAUGGAGAUAUUUUCAUAAGUUGCUAAAAAUGCAUAUUUCCGUAACUUUGAUGGAACAGUUAGUGCUUCGACUCUUUAUAACAUUCAGUUUGCACUAAGCUCUGGAUAUGAUUUCAUUGACAUUGAAUUUCCUCUAUUAGUAGACUAGGGAACCUCACAAUUAACGAUUUUCAACCAAAAUCUUGGAGUGUCAACAAUAAAUAAUGGUUUUUCUUUCCCCUGUGAAGAUAAAGCAAAUAACCUUGGAACUAAUGUGAAAUAUCGCUUAUUUUAUGGCUAAAGUAUUUUGUAAAAUCCAUCAAAAAUAAGAAUCCUUUAAACUUCGUCAAGUACAGUGAAUAUCAAUAUAGCAACUUUAUUAAAUCCAUCAUUAUUAAAUUAAUAUGUCUAUUUAAGAGUAAAAACAGGAUACGUAGAUGGUAGGCUAGGAAAUGUACUUUACUUACCUUAUGCAGUUUUUACAUUAGCAAAUAACCCAGUUAAUUAAGUACUCCCAACUCCCACUUUUUCUCCAUCUUAGGCAUCUUCAGUUAUUACUAUUUCAAUUAACAGUUUACCUUUACUAAAGCAAAUGACUGUUAGCAGCCAAUCUUCUUUGAAAUUUGAAUUUGAAGAUUAUUAAUAUUCCCCUCUCAUGAAUGUUGCUAACACAUAAACAGACUUUUAAACUAAAAAAUCUGCAUUCUUUUCAUUUAAAACGAAUGCCUUUACACCUUAUUCUAUGAAUGUUAUGUAAAUUAAAACUCCUCCUAUAAUAGGCUCUUUUAGCUACAAAUAUAAAGUAAGUGAAAUUAGAAACAGAAAAGUUAGAUAAGUUUUUAGCUUAUCUUCAUCAGUGAAUUUGACUCCAGGAGGAAAGUUUAUUGACAAUGCUUCAAUUUCUGCUUCAAACCUUAAAAUUUAAUAUCCUAAUACACUUUAUUAAAUUAAAUAUGAUUUAUAAUAAGACUAAUUUAAAGGAAAUGUGAUUAAUUUAAAACUGCCAUUUUAGUAUACUGUUCUUUCGACUUCUACAUGCAAACUCUAGUAGUAUUCAAAUAAAGGAACAAUAUAAUCAACAUGCACAGCUGAUGUUCCUAAUAAUAGCUUUAUUAUCUAGCUAUAAUAAGACUUAAUUAGUGUAUAAACAUUUUAAAUACUAUUUUAUACAAUUAACCCAUCUACAGUUGGAAUGACUGGAUAGUUUACAAUCGAUUUAUAUACUGAUAUCACUAAAUCACAAAAAUAACACACAGAAAUAAUUAAUGGAGUAAAUAUUGUUAAUGAAGCAGAACUUUAAAUUAGGUUGCUUUAACCAUUUUCACCAAUUAAGUUUUGUUAGAAAGAUGAGACUUGUCCUUUGAGAUUCACUAUUUAAUUAGGGUCAAAUCUAGUGAAAUAGAGUGACUCAAUUGUAAUAAAUACAAAUAAUUAUAUCAACAAAAUGGUUUCUCUGUAAAAUAGUAUCAAAGAACUAGCUUGUUGGAUAAAUGAUUAUGCAUCUUACUUUUGCUACCAAGAUGUCUCAACAAAUUAAAUUAUUGUAUUAGCUCCAGCUAAUACAGAUGUUACAUCAGGAGUGGUGCUUCACAUUUUAAUUUAAUCAUGGAGAGAUCCUAAAUACUCUAAUACAAACAGAGAUUUUAUUUUACUACCUUCUUACAUUGACUUUUUAGAUAAUUCUUCUAUUUUUAAAGACGUAAUUGUUUACGAAUAACAUGGAACUAGUUAAACACCAAUUAAAAAGAAUUGGUAAUUUGUAAACAAGGCUUUUUAUUCAGAUAAUCCUGCAUACAUUUGCUCUUACACAACUACUACAGAUAAAGAAACAAUUCUAAAAGCUAGGUUUUAAUUCCCUCCUAGUAUAGGAAUAAAUAGUGCAUUAGUAACAGAACCUAACUGGGGACGUAUUGUCAUCUAUUUAGAAACAAGUAAUGAAAUAAAAGAAAGUUUAAUACCUUUCAAUUUAGAAAGUAGAUUUGUUAAAGACGGAUAGUAAAUUGAUUGUAUUUGUGACUCAUGUAGUUAUGGUAGUUUCCUUUGCUAUAUUUAGUAUGGUGGUAACGAUAUCACUUCACCAGUUUCAAUUACAAUAUAGCCUUAACAAAAUAUUAUUGGUUAGUCUGUAUUUUAAUUUUAUUUCCCAAAAAUUAAACUUCCACCUGUAGACAAAAGAUAUGUAAGAAUGGGUAUUAAAGCACUUUAGUAUGAUAGCAGCAAAAAAAGAUCAAUAACUGUAUUAGAAUACCUUAAUUAAUACAUUUUAUAUACAACUUUACCUCCUCCAUCAGUUGAUCCUAAAAUUAAUUUAUCAUAUCCAUCUGGCCAUAGAGUUGGUGAUCCUCUAACAGUAACAUGGCAAUAUAAUAUUCCUUAAUAGUAGUUAUAAAAAACAAGAGACAGAGUUAUAAUAACUACUACCACUCAAGACAUGAUUAUUGAGCAUCCCCACAAUCCUGGUGGUCCUUUAUUUACUACAUCGUCAGAAGGAAAAGUUUGGAUUUAUCCUCUGGUAAAAUGGCUUGAAAUUGAGUUAACUACGAAUUUGUCUGUUGGUACUAAAACAGUUACAACUUUCAACUUUAAAAAUAUGCCUUAUUAAAUUACAAAUGGCGUUGACUAUGAGCUUUACACUUAUGCAGAUGGUGAAACUAGAAACAUCUAAUAAUAUAACAAUAUACCUUACGCAGCCCCUCAUCCUUUAUAUGCAAAAGCUUUCUAGUUUACAGUUUUAUAUAUAUCUUAACCUAAUACUCUCACAUUCACUUUUAGACCUUAUAACAAAAUUCCUAUUGGAGGUUAUAUUUCAAUUUAUUGGGGUAAAAUAAAUCCUUCUAGUCCUACUGAAACCGAUUGGGUUUUCCUUAAUACUUACUGUAGGAUAAUAAGUGGAUUACAGGAUGCUUCAUGCAAUAUUAUUCCUUAGGAUAUGAGAAUAUAAAUUUAUGGAUUCACCCGUGAAUAUGAUCCAAGUAGAGAUGGAAUGAUUAAGUUUGACUUGCAAGUUUAAAAUAGUGGUUCAGCUGGUAACAGAUAAAACUUUUAGUUAACAAUUUAUUGGGAUUAAUCUGGAUUUAAUAAUAGAUAAUAACUACCUUCUACAUUACCUAAAGAUAGACAUAUUAUCGAUGAGGACUUAGCUUAUACUGAUUUAAAUAUUUUAUAUACAAUACUUCUUAAAUUAAAUUUAUUAGAAAGAUAUCAAGAGCCUAUUCCUGUUUGUGGUGGAAGUAGAGGGCCUAUUUAACUCAAAUUUUAAUUCAGAAAAGAUUAUAAAUAUCCAUUUGAUUUUAUAAGGAUAGAUUUUUUUAAAUAAAUCCUUCCUUUAGGCGUAGGAGAAGAGUUAAUCUGCUACUUUAUUGAUACAACUAAUCCAAAAUUGAAUUAUGUUAAAACCUUUAGAUGUGAUUUAAAUUCACUAGGAUAAAUAGAUGCCUUCGUACCAGAAGAAACUGAUCUUAAAUCUGACAGACCUUAUAUUCUUUACAUUACAGCUAGGUCUAGUUUAUUAAUUAAUUGGGGAGUUUAAAUUGGCUCUCCUUCUGGAAUUAAAUGGACAAGAAUUCAAACUAUGAAUGAAUAGACAGGCAUUUAUAAUGAAGUUGCUUGGAUUGAGGCUAAAAUUCCUCCUUGCACUUUUGACCCUAACAACUUCAGAGUUUACGCUAUGAGCCAUGAAUAUAAUACUCUUGAUUACUCUACUUAAGCUGCAGCAUAGUAAAAUGCUGAAGAUUAUUUGUAUAACUUCAUUAAUGUUACUCUAUCAGCUAAUAAUCCAAUUGAAUCAGGUUCAUUAUCAAAUAAUAAGAGAACUCGUAUAAUUUUUGAAUUCAUGACUCACAACGAGAUAUUUGCAAGCUGGGAUGAAGAUGUCACUGGCAACAAAUAUACUACAGCUUAGCCAGCUGGAUGUGGCGGUAUGUAUAAUGGCGUCAAUUAUUUCACACCAGCAGAUUCAGUAGCUGUUCAAUGUACUAUUCUUCCAGCUGCUGGUUAAUCUCUUACCACUCCAAGCAUUAUAAUAAUGGAAAAUCAUCCAAUCAUUGCCCCAAAUUCUAUUUUCAAUAUAGGACUUUCAAGAAUUAGAAAUCCAAAUUAACUAGUUGAUGGAACUGUUUUCACUUAAUAUGGAUAUAAAAAAUACAGUAAAAACAAGCCUUAUCAGACCUCUGCUCAUAUUAGAAUAACAAUUUAGCAAAAAUAAUCUGAUGGAACAUUUUAUCCAAUUAAUUAAUAAUGGAGAUAUUAUUUGAUACCAUAAUUUUUAGAACCUAUUCCUCCUACUCCAUUUGAUUCUUCUACAUUUUCAAUUCUUCAUAAUUCUGAUGUUGUUACUACUGGCAUAGGAAAUAUGACAGUUAAUAUUUAUCCAUUGAAUAUGGUUUUAAGUAGAUUAAGGAGUGCAGUUGUUGUAUAAUACUCCUAUCCAUAUGUACUUACUUAUAAGUAGUAAUGCUAUUAGCACAACUAUUAAAUACCUUAGAUCCCACAUGGAAGAGUAGGAUGCAUGCAAGUAUAGUAAUCUAGAUGGGUUGUCUUUUCAAACAACAUUUUUACUUACACAACUGACUAGCCAGGUUCUCCUAAUCCCAUCCCUGCAAUAAAUAGAUUUUAUGCUGUUGAUACUUCAUCUUCAAGGGUUAACCCACCAUUUACAUACGAUUAUGGAAAUCCAAAAUCUCGCUUAAGAGGCUGGGUUUAUAAUGACAAAAGAACAGUUAUAAUAAGAACUCCUGGUUUUAAGCAAACUUAUUAACAAAUUUGCAAUGUAGUUUUAGAAACUACAGCUCAUGAUAACCCUAAAAAUAGAGAAGUGAUUUACAGAGUCGGACUGUAUUUAACAACAUAAACAGAUGAAAUGAGAAAUAUUCGCUUGAUAGCUCCACCUGAGUUUUAGGAUAUCAGACAUUGCAGAGUUAAGCUAGGAGUUGUUCUAAUUGAUUUUAAUGAUAUUUAAAAUAAAGUAAAAUGCACUGUUACUAAAUUAGCUUAAUAUUGGACUAUUGAUAUUACUAACUUUAAAUAUAAAGCUUCUUAAGCUCUAGGUUUGAUUAUAUUAGAAUUUUUAAUCCACAAUCCGUAUGAUUCCGGAUGGACUAAUUAAUGGUAAUGUAGAACUUUUGCACAUAAUGACCUAGAGAUUCAUGAUUAUAAUUAAUAAGCUAAUGGAAGAACUUGGGUUGGAUAGCAUAUUCCGUACCCUAAUUUAUUUAGAGUAUAUCGUAACACAAUCAGUUUUGAAGACAGAAAAGCUGGUAUAAAUGACUAUGCAGAAUUUAAUAUGAGAAUAAUACCAAGAAAUAGCCAUCCAUAAACAGAUGAUUUACAAUCUACUUAAAUUCAAAUAUGGAUGCCAUUAACCUAUGAUAUCCCUAAUGGUGGAACUAAUCUUUGCUAGGUGGAUCAUAUUUAUCACUAAGAUGUAGAUGGACAGUAUUGUUAAGUUACAUCAGAUAGAAAGAUUUUUGUAAACACGAAUAGAUUCCAUGGUUUGGAUAAAACAUGUGGUUUAGUAACAUUUACUACAACAAACGCAAUUAACGAUAACAAUGGUAUCAAAAUGCCUCCUGCAGCAGGAAAUGAUUAAUUCUAAGUAUUUAUUACUUCAAAAGAUAAAGAUGGAAAAGUUACAUAAGAAUAUUCGAACUAAGAUGCUACCACAAAACCAGCUAUUUUAUCUUAAAUUUCUGAUAAAUUUGAAAUUACUACUUAAGAGCAUGAGUAGGGCUAGGAAGCUCGUAUAAUAGUUAAAUUUAUUUCUCCUAGGAAUAUUCCUGCUGGUUACGAUACAUCAGUAGGAAUAACAGAUCCUAAUUUAAAAAAUCCGAUAGGAUAUAUUGAUGUAUAAUUUAACACCCUUGAUUAUCUGGUUUCUUACUGGCCUGGCUGGAGUAAAAAUUUAGUUUAUUCAACUCCUUAAACUCCAUUUGCAUGUAAAUCUUACAAUGGAGUUGUUGCAAAGUAAAACGAAAAACUAAUUUGUUAAAUUAUACCUUCAUAAUCCAGUUCACCUAAUAUAUUUUAUCCUGCAACAGUGAGAAUUUCUAAUUUCUAAGCGAUAGCUGUAGGAACUCAAGUAGAAAUUCAUUUGCUAAAUAUUCCUGGACCAGGAGUAGUUAAUUAAGGAUUAAUGUAUGUGUUAGCUUUCUAAGUAAAUGGUGAUGGAACAAAAUUUGAUAUUAUUGGCUCUAGCUAAUAUAUCUUGAAUUCUGUAAGUGUAUUUUCUUAUGAUUCAUGGAAAACAACUAUGAUAGACGUGAAACCAAAUAUAGUUGGAGCCUAUUCUGAAUGGAUUUUCUAUUUCGAUAUGCUUUAUGACUUAUCAUCUUCUUUUAGAGGUUGCUUUGAUGGGAUUUUUAAUCCACUUUUAACUUUUGUUCCAGGAACUUACUUCGUUUUGAAGAUGCCCAAAGAUUUCUAACUUAAAGAUAAUGGAUCUAUUUCUGCAACACUUGGAGGGCUUCCAUUGCAAAUUUGGAUUUACGAAGAAACCAAUUAAAUAUUUAUGCUCAAUUAAAACACUGUACCUUGUGGUUACUUUGAUGUCACUCCUAAACUAAACCCCUUACGUAUUUCAUAAAUGAGAAACUCCGCUUACUAAUUUUUGAAUUCCUACUCUUUAAUAAUCAAAACAUAUUCACCUCAAAGAAAAUUUAUUCGUGAGUACUCGUUUGGGCCUAUCAAUAAUCCUAGUGUAGGUUAAUUUGUCCUUCUUGGAAUGACAGUUUCCAAGUUAUUUGCAGAUGAACGUUUUGUUACUUAUACUUAUUAAUUUACACCUUCAUAUGAUAUACCUAUCAAUUCUGUAAUUAAAAUUAAGCUUCCAAACCGCUCAGAUCUAUCUUACCCUAAUUUUGGUUCAGCUUCACCUCAAGAAGUAUGCUAAGUAAGUAACUCAUAGCUUUUAAGUUAAUCUUCAUGCUAAUCUUCUCUCAGUUCUUCUGGCUUUUCUAUCCAAGUAUUAAAGAAUAUUUCUGAAAACACAAAUUUAUCAAUAUAAAUAAUUGGUACAAGAAACCACCCAACAUACUCUCAAAUUACACAACCAACUGACUUUAUGAUAACAAUUAAUAAUCCUUAAGGACUUAAAAUUAAUGAAGGUUACUUCCCAUAAAUAACUUUCUUGAAAAAAAGAGAUCCUUCAUACUUAUAUCUAUCAAUGUUAGGAACUUCUUACUUCUAAAAUGUAGCAUCAGAUUAUACAUUUACCCUUUAAUCCACUUCUGAUUUGCCUUAAGGCGGGUUUAUUAAUUUAAAAUUCCCUUAAAAUUAUCUUGAAAAAGCUCUUCAACUCCCAUCUCUUCCUAAACCAACUUAAAUAACAGGAUCUUGGUCAAGUAAUUAGUUAAUAUAUUCUUCUAGUUGGUCAGGACCAGUUUCAAGCUUUUAUACACUAACUAUUACCCCAUAGUUCACAUGGCCAGCUAAAAACUCAAUUUCUAUUUAUUUCAAAUUCUUCUAGAAUCCUAUUACAACUAUUUAAACUGGGCUUUUCGCAGCUUAUACUGUUUAUGAUAGCAAAAACGUUGAUAUUACUGAUCCAAAUGAUGCUUCUCUUAAAUUUGUUUAUAAGCCUCAACCUGAUUUAAUGAAAAGUAGUUUUGAUUUUAAUCCUUAAAACGAAGGCUCUCUCUCAACUUAUUAAAUGAAAAUAACACCUUCUAAAAAUAUACCUAAUGAUUCUACUUUAUAAUUUAAAUUUGAUACAAAUUUAUAUCCUUCUAAUUUAUCUUCAGCAAGCUCUUAGGUUUCUUGUAGCAUUAAUGGGAUUGACACAACUUGCACUGUAUAGAAUGGAGUUAUAAGCAUUCCACUCAAGCAAUCUUACUCAGCAAAUACUAUUUUAGAUAUUAAACUCAAUAAUAUCAUGAACCCGCCAUAAGGAAAAACAAAUAUAGUUGGUUAAAUUGUUACAGGUGAUAGUGUGAUACAAUACAAAUCAGACAUUGGACCUGUUGAAUCCCAAAAAACUCCUAAUAAUUUAUAGCUUGUUAGAUUAGAAACAUCUUCAAACGCUUUAUAGGCUAGAGCUUAAUACACAUUUUGUAUUGAGACAUAUGAUUAAAUCUCACUAAAUGAUGCAGUUUUCAUUUACUUCCCUAACUAAUUCCCAUUCAAAAGUACUUAUAUUUGCUCUAUUACUGCUGAGCAUAACACAAAAGAGCUAAACUAUGCUUUAACUUCAACUUCACCAAAUUGUGCUACAUAAAAUAGCUAAAAAAGAAUUGCCAUUACUGGAUAAACAACAGCAAAAACUUCUUCUAACUUAGCAAGAUUAUGUUACAGAGUAGAUGGUAUUGAAAACCCUUCGAUACCUGGAUAAACUGAUAACUUUGUGAUAUAAAUUUAUGACCAAACUAAAUAAGUGAUAAAAAGCGAAACUUCUGGAUUAACUUCAACAUAGACUACACUUUCGUUUGUCAGAAAAGGAUUUUAAAUUAUUGUAGGAUCUAUUCCAGAUCUUCCAAAGGGUGUAGUAUCAAAUGACAUAUCAAUUGAGCUCGAAAUUUCAGUGAGCUAUAAAAUUACUGCAAUACCAUUCUUAAAAAACUUUGAAUUCAUACCUCCUGUAGUGUUAUUUGAUCCCACAAAAGGUUAAAGGCAAUAUUUUAAAAUAAAGCCUUUAAAUUAAGCAGUAGCAGGAUAGAAAUUAAUUAUUUGGACUAAAUAAGAGGACACAACUGAAAUUAAAUUCUCUGACAUCCCUGAUAGUUAAUUCAACUUAAUUGAUAAGCCCUAUCCCAAUUCUCUAAAAGCUAUUCUUUAAACAACUGUUUCCAGAACUGCUUUGCUUUCAACUUCUCUUCCUAUAGAAAUUAAGUUGAAUUAGCCUGCCAGUUAAGUGCUAAGUAUUAGUGUUUUCACUUAGGGUCAUUUGUAAGAUGAUCAAAUAGAUUUUGAUCCACCUAUAAUAGUAUUCUAACCAGGAGAAAUAUCCUAAAAAUUUCGCUAUACUACAAAAGAAAAGUCAGUAUCUGGUUACCUAAAACUUCAAUUAGAUAAGUAUUAUAGAAAUAUUUAUGUUAUGCCUUAUGAUACUAUUAGUAUUGAAAUUUUAGACAUUGAUAAAGCUACUCCUUAAGUUAUAAAUUAUUAUAUUGAAAGUAUGGAUAGAACUUAUAUGUAUUUACGUAUAUCAAGCGAUGAGAGUGUUACAGUUUAUAGUAUGCUCAGUUUGCUUGGUACAGACUACCCGACUUCCUCAGAACUGAAAAAUACUACUUUAAGAGAAUAUAAUUAGAGAAAGACAAAUGUGAUGGAAUUUUACAUGCAAAAUACUAGUUUUAUUGCUCCAGCAGCAAAAAAUUAUAUUUACUAUGAUUCAUAUCUUCACUUUACUGGUUUACAAGAAUAAACAGAAUAUGUUCUAUAUUUCUUUGUUGAAGAUCUCUCAAAUAAUUAAAGUCCAGUUCUUUAAUUCUAAUUUACUACUUUGAAGAAACAUAAUCCAGUAUCAUUCACUCUGAGAGUAAAUGAUAUUUUAGCUGAUGACAAACUCCUAAAUGCCUUUGGUCUGAUCACUUCACUUCCUCCAGAAAGAUUUUAGAUUUAAUAAAGACCAACUAAAUUUAAGAUUGAUGGUGUUAUUGAAAAACAAAUUCUUGAUCUAAUAGAAAAUGUUUCGAUAGAGUACAAAUUUAUUUUAUUAUAAAAUAGCACCUCUAAUGAAGUUCGCCCGAUAUAAAAAAUAUUUAUGUUGGAUAAUUAAUUUGAUUUAUUGUAAAACGAAUUAAGCUCAGGUAGUAAAAAGUAAAUUCUUGAUCCGAAUUUCAGUAUUAUUAAGCAUACAUAUGAAAUGAUUGUAAUCCCAUAAGAAUUUAAAUAUACUCCUGUAAUUCUAAAUAUUACCUAAGAUUCUGCUUAAUUCAUGGUAUCUUUGAAAUAUAAAGGAAUAGGAUAUGCUAUUGUGUAAUUGACUAGUGUAAAACCACCCUUGUCUCAAUAAAUUAAAUAUGGUUUAAAUUCAACAAAUUAUAAACUUUAAAAUUCAUACUUUUACUCAUAUAAAUUCGAAUUCAAAGAAAACAUUCCUGAAGAAUAAUAAAAUAUCACUCAUAUAUUUUAAUUUACUGAAUUAAUGGAUAACUCGUAAUACACAGCUUACUUUGUUGGUGAAAAUAAUUAAUUAGUAAAUCCAGAUCUAAUGGAUUCUUCUAAAAUUAUUAAAAUAGAAUUUAAAACUAAAAGAGAGGAAAUAUCCAUACCAAAAUGGUUUAGAGCAAAUUACAUUUAUUCAUAAUUGUUAACUCCAAAACAGGUACUUACAGCAAUUAUUUCGAUCAUAUUCUUUUUGGUAAUAUGA